AUGAACUUCGCCAUGACGUUCCUGUUGCUGACUGGUGCGGCGUCCGGAGGACUUGUUCGGAAAAGGCGCGAAUCGUACAGCCUCCCGGACGGGUCCGAGUUCGUGGUGGGCAUGCUCAAGAGUUCUUUCCGGUGCCGUGGCAGCGGUUACUUCGCCGACGUCGACAACAACUGCCAGGUGUUCCACGUAUGCCACGAGAUGCCAAAGAUCAUGGGACCUCCGCGCUACCAGCUAUAUAGCUUCAUGUGCGGAAACAUGACCAUGUUCGACCAACUCACACUCACCUGCACCUACCCGGACGAUGCCGUGCCUUGCGCCAGCGCGCCAGAUUUCUACGCCGUCAACGAGAACAUCGGCCACGAGGAUGCACUGUUCCUCACCGACGAAGAGAUGGGAAAAGCCGAACGGUUCUACGAGGAGGACAACCAAGCUUACGCCGUCUCGAAGGAAGCCACACGCAACGCACAACCCAAAGACAAGUUAACGAAGGAGGUGAAGCCUGCUACCAGGACUGAGCCACCACCGCCGGUCACGCAGGUCACUACGACGACUCCGCCAUCAACGACAACGAGGUCGUACCACAGGUACACGACGGCCAAGUACCAGCGAGCCAAGCAAGUCAGGAAACAAUCGAAGCAGGGUGGCACUGAGGUGGAAAGCACCGCGUUCAUCGCAGGGAACAAAGCCAAGAAAGGAAGCCGUCGGAAACAGUCCAGGGUAGAAGACAGGAGCGAGCAGGUUUCCGGGGACCCUUCAGCGGGUGGCAAGCAAGCCAAGCCGAUCGCAGCUCCUCAAGGGGGUGUAUUCAAAAAGACCGUCAUCCGGAGCAUGUCUCGCUACAAGGGAGCGCACAAGGAGGUUCCCGGACACCGUAAGAAAGCAGCAAGCAGCUUCAGAGAACCAGCACCAGACACGUUGCUCAAGACUCUGGAAGCUGCCUUUGCUCAAGAUUACCCACAAGUCACUGAAACAAGUUAUCAGCGCAUUCCUCGUAAGAAGGUCGUCGUGGUACCCAGAAAAAAAGCAUCUCUGAAGUCGGUAAAAGAACCCACCGAUCGGCCACUCACCCCGACAAAGCUCCAGGCCUCGAAAGACGCUCAGAAGACGACCCUCAACGGGCUUGUCGUGCUCACCAAGGAUUUUAUCCAAUCGGCACCCAAGGACGCAGUGCCCGUUCCCGUGGUUUCCGAGCUUCAGGUUGCUGAACCGGCAGCGAAAAGCAGUUCCGACGGCGUCGACAAAGAAGUUCCCGAGGAACUCAUGAAAGAGAUCGAAAAGGCGCUGAACAAGCAGCUCGAGGGAGCUCUUGCCAGCGGGGAGCGGCAGGCAACAUUUUCAAAAGCACUGCUCAUGAAGGAAAUCGAGGAGAGCCUCAAGAAAGAACUCGAGGCCGGAAAUCUGAAAAAAGAGUCGCAGCCAGGUGACGACCCCGCCAGAAAGCCGGUCCAGCCCGUCGCAAAGCACAAAGAUCAAGCUGAGGUCGAAGGGGCCUCCAAGACGAUCUGA